AAAUGUGUUAUCGAAACGUGUAUACAUGAUGAUGAUAGAAAAAAAUGAUAGCUUUAAUUUUAUUAGAAAGUACAAACUGAGUUUGUGAAUGUGAAAGUUAUAUAUAUACAUUUAUGUGUUGUGUACGUGUUGUUUUAUGUUACGUAAAUACAUAUAGUGAAUGAUUGCAUUUUUUAUACUAGUUUAAUUAUACACACCCUAUAUAAUAGAUAUAAAUAUAUUUAUUAUAUGAAAUAGUUAAAUAUAAUAACAGAAUGCAUUCCGCUAUCCCGUACCGUCGAUCCGUCGGUUAUAAUGCACGUGCGUUUAUUUUCACACAUAAAUAGAUUACGCCCAGCUGCACCAUGACGUCAUCAAAAGAAAGUGGUGACGUCAUUGAAGUCCAAACCGACGAUAAGCAGAACCGGAAAGAUGUGCCGAAAGAUUUGUCUGAACUCCCACCGAGUGGCACAUCCCUGCAUAAGAGAAGAAGGGGUGAACCGCCAGCUACUCUAUCUGUGAAACCUUCAACCGCUUCAGAUGGGGAGGUUUCAUCCCCAUGCACCGCUGGUCUGUCGUAUGAUUACCGAGGAUUUCCUGAUGGUGAACCUCCGGAUCCUGAAGCAUUAUGUGAAGGGAUGCUCCAAAGAUUAAAGGAUCAUGACGAUCCAGCGUCAAUAAGGGCUAAAGAACUUGCUUCUCAGACCAAAGACACUCUUGAAGCUGUAGAUCAAUUGGAGAAGUUACUAGAACUGCUAAACCAGUUUGUUACCUUAAAAGAACAUAACUCUCGUCUACUCAAAAGACUACGAGACGUGAACUAUUUAAAGAACCUCCACAAUGCUCAUAAGAGAAUAGACCUAGAGAAUGAGAGAUUGAGAGUAGAAGGAAGGGAGUUGGAUCUAAUAAAUGAGGCGUUAGAUUCAGAGAUGGAGUGUGAGUACGGUCAGGCAAUAUUUGACUCGCUAAUGGCAAGUGGCAGGAGCAUGAAGAGAACAGGGUCGAAGUGGAAAGGUCACUCGAGGUUUGGGAGCACGCUGCUGAGGAAACAGCGGUCGAGGUCGACCGGUGGUGAGGACAGCGACGUGCCCCCAGGAACCCCGUUGAGAAGACGUUCAGAUGGAUUAUUUUCUAAGGAGGUGGAGAAAUCGAAAGUUUCUAAGUGGACAAAAGUGAAAGCUGCAUUUAGGUGGGAGAAAGCACAAUGGCCAACUUCUGCCAUGGGAGGCGCAGCAGGUGCUGUGGCUGCCGGUGCUAUGAUCGGGGUAGUAGCUUUAGCUGGAUCCACUCCAUCAUCAGCUACGCUCCCCAACCCUGAUACCCGGGACUCCGCCAGCCUUACCCCUGGCAGCGCCUUAUCUCUUACACCUAAUUCUUCAUGUGAAGAGUUGAGGAUGGACUCAGGGAUGUCUCGCAAGAGUGGAAUAUUGAGAUGUGACGAGAAUGAUAACACAUUCUUGCAUGCACCUGUGCAGGAUGACAGUUCCACCUCACCAUCUCCCAACAAACUCCACAAGAGUCCAUGGGACAAGAUGCGUGACAUCAUCCAAACACAUCGGGAUUCUGUCAAGAAGAAGUCGAGGGGAUCCAAGAGUUCUCCCGACGUGGUCCCCAUCAGGAGAAGGUCGUUCAGUGAUGGCGGAGACAGCGAUGCUCCACCUGCUCUGACUCUCACCAUACCAUCUUCUGAAGAACUUGAAUCUGAACCUUCUCAUCCAGUGCUCCGGAAGCAGAGAUCACUGGAGCUGGGCGCCCGUCCCCCGCAGCACAGGACUCCUCGCGCAUCCAAGUGGACCAAAGUGAAGAGAGCGUUUCUAACAUCAGCGUCUGCAUCCGUCCCGUCAAGUCCGAGUCGCCAUUCAGCAUUUUUCACUGACGCUGAAACUGAAGGUCUAAGCAGUGGAUGUGAAGCGAGUGGAGUUCGAGAGGAAAUCGCCAGAGAUUACGCAGCCCUGCAGUCUCGUUUGAGAAGAGAAUUCUCUGAUCGACGAGGGAAACUCACAUCACGACCUGUGGCGACCGAGGAACAAUUGUCAGCAGAUUUUAGAAAGAAACUAGCAGAAUGGCAACUUAUGAAAGGAGUGAAGCAACCGCCCCCAGUACCGGCCAGACAAGAUCUGAGCGAAGAUUUCUUGAAAAAAUGGGAUGAAUGGAAACGAAUGAAAGAAACGAAUUCUGUACCAGCUUGGGAAGAUCAAGCAAAACCAGAUGAAGUAUUAGUUCAAACCUCUACAGGUCUCUUCAAAUUUCAAGGCAUAUCCCGUUCUUUCACACGCAAACUCCACGAAUGGGAAAAGUCCCGUGGGAUAGCUCCUGAAGCUUCCACGUCUGCCCUUCUCAGAGCUGCUCGUGCUCGAACCAAAAUUCCUCCAACAACCCUCACACGUACGCAAUCUGAUGGCAGUGUUGCCCCAUCAGCUGGUGGCUCUGGACGUCUUCACGCAUCAAGUUUGAGUGUCAAUGAUGCUGAUGAUUUCGAAUCGGAGUAUGAGGGAGAACAAUCUGUCGACGGUAUAGAUGAGUGUGAAGAAGAACACACGCGAGGAGCGGUAUUAGUUGAAGUUGAAGCUGAGGAGGUCUGUACAGCAGCACCAUUGAUGGCUGUUUCCCCACGUCACACUCCUCAAAAACCAGUUUACACAUAUGGUCAGGCUGAAGCAAGACUUCUGUGUGAAACUAGUUCAGCUGUAACUGGCACAGCUGUGUUACAACCUAAUGGUGCUGUAGUUGCACUUUCAGAUUCCCGUGGCAUUAAACAAAAAAAACAAGCGGCCGCUAAUAAUAAAUCAGUACGGGAACAGUUUAAGGUAAAUGAAACUGAGAGGAAUUCUAAUCCAAGAAGAAAGGUUUCUCGACAACCUAGCAUAGAAGAAGAUGCCAUGUUUAUAAGAAAGACGAUAGAAGAGAUAGAAAGAGGAAGUUCCUCACGUUUUAAAGAUGACAAAGAAAUAAUAACUGAAACCGAUGUUAAUAUUUGUGAAUUGGAUGAUGUUGAUAAAGAGGCACCAUCAACUAGUAAAGGACUUGGUCAGAAAAAUUCGAAAUCUAGUUCAAUAAUAAAAGAAAAAGAUCGAGAGUAUAUAGAUAUGAAAGAAGAAAGCAAACGAAAAGAAAUCGAUAAAAGUAAUGGUAAAAAGAAAAGUAAAUCGAGAUCAAGAUUAGAAAGAGAACAAUCGAAGCCUUCCGAGAGUGAUACAGAGCAAGAUGUAGAUACUGUUACAGUUGAGAUUCCAAGACGUAGAAAAAGGCCAAGACGUGCAUCAGAAAGACCAAGAACUCCACCAACAGCACAUUUCCACUCGGAUUCUGAAGGAGAGGUAUAUGUUCUUAAAUUAAAAGCUCCUGAACUGCGAGAAGGCUCACCUGAAGUAAUAGUUAAAACAACACGAAAAAUAUUUUCACCUGUCGUAAGAAGUGGCGAAUCAAUACCAAGAGCUGUUAUACCUUUAAACGUUGAAGAUUUGGCUGAAGUAAGAUCUCCAAGAGAUCAUCGUAUAAAUUAUAAGAAUGCAGACAAUGUAAAACGAACAGAAGAAAGACAAGGAAAACCAAGGUAUGAAAUUGAUGCAAAUACUAAAAACUCUGGAGAUCUUCAAGAUGAGGAACAGCGAACAAGAUCAAGACCACCGUUACCAUUAUCACCAUCUUCACAACGAAAACCACAACCAAAAGAGACUGCACCAUCUAUUCGAAUUAUGAUUCAACGGUAUAAUAAGAAAAUUAAUGAAGAAGGUCAUACAUCUGGGCCCAGUAGUGGUGCAUCUUCACCAGCUUGGCGGUCUCCAGCUGCAGAAAGGCGACGCCCUCUCGAUAUGCCUGUUGGGGUUAAUAUAAGGAAUAACCCGUUUCUUGAAAGGGAAGUCCAGAAGUCCGCCAGUGCAUGCCAGCUCUCCAGACGCGACCAAACGUCUGCUGAAAAACGCCUUGUACCAACACCUUCGCAGUCUCUUGAUGGGGUUUUAAAAUCACAAAGUGCAAAUGCUCUUCACCCAGAACAAUUACCAGUUGAAUCUCCUUGUGCAUUGGAACAAAAGAAAGUGGAUAGUGAAGAAACACUAAGAUGUAGAGCAAGUACAGACACAAUAGUCCCGGAUAUAACAAAAAACCUACCCGAAUUUCAAAGUAACCCAAACAACGGCAGUCAACCUGCUCCUGUUAUUAGACAAAUGUCUGAAGUAAUAGUACCAAGUCUAACAAAACUAAUAUCAGAGAAUCCUUAUUUAUAUGAGAGAUCUAUAUCUACUGUAGAAACUACGUCCUCGGCUGAAGCUGAUGUAGCUACAAUGAGGUUAUCGGAAAGAGCAGCUAGGAUUAGAGCAGCAAGGGAAAGAUUUUUAUCAUCACCCGGACCAAUCAGGAGAGAAGGGACUAGCUCUACCAGUGAUUUAAGACCUGGAGAUAGGUCCAGCCGCAUCAGUUGCGAGAGUGACGUCACUGAGUCACAGAGUCAUGGCAAUCAAGAGUCAGUCUUAGGCCGGAGCGCGUCCACCGGAAUGGUGAAUGUUGACCGAGAAGCGUGGCAGCGAGUUGCUGAAGGUCGCCCCGAGAGUCGUUCCAGAUCUCGGUUCAGCCUGGCGCGGCUGGCUGCCAAGCUGCGACGCAAAGACGAAGGAGCAGUUUCCCGUCUCUGCCGACAGAGUCUACUUGUUCAGUUGCGAAACAAACAAUAA